AUGGUAUCAGAGCUAAAGGUCCUGAGAUUGAACCCUUAUGGGUCAAUGGUAUUAGAGUAUGAUAUCAGAGCCAAAGGAGAAAGAACAUUAGAUGAAUACCGUGCCCAGUGUGGUCCCCUACUUCAAGCUGCCUUAAAGGGUGAUUGGUCGGCUGCUAACGCUUUUCUUAGACAAUACCCAGGCUGUGUUCGAGUUCCAAUAACGAAACAGCGUGAUACAGCACUGCACAGUGCAGUAGCUGUAAAAGGCACCUCUUUUGUAGAAGAACUGUUGAAACAGAUGAAUCCAGAUGAUUUGCAAUUAAGAAACAUAAAUGGAGCUACAGCCCUUCACGUUGCUGCUCAAACGGGAGAUGUAAGAAUCGCUAAGAAGAUGGUGGAAAAAAACAAACAACUUCCAUUGAUGAAUAAUAGCCAAGGAAUGAAACCGCUUCACGUUGCAGCUCAUCUAGGACACAAACACAUGGUCAAUUAUCUAUUCUCAUUCUCUGUGACUUCUUUUGAGGACUUGACUACCGUUGACCGCAUUAAUCUCCUUCAUUAUACUAUUACCGCUGGUUUUUACGGUAUUGCAUUGCAAAUUCUGAUAAAGGAUCCGAACUUAGCAAAUGCCGAUGCUGGCACUGAAUUUAGGCGAAGAGCUUUGGCAGAGUUGGCCAGAAAACCUUUUGUCAUUGGCCGCCAAAGGCACAAAGGGAUGUAUACCAAUGAUUUGAUGGGGACACUAGCCCAUCAGAUAGUUGAACGGCUUUGGAACAUGGUUAAUGAAGUGCCAAGGGAACGUUUUUCAUCAAAACUGGUUCAUGAUUAUAUGACUUUACUUGUUGAAGCUGCAAAAGUAGGAAAUGUUGAAUUUAUAAUGAUAAUCGUACGCUCUUAUCCCGAUCUCUUAUGGCAAGUAGAUGAAGAAUACGGGAGUUUAUUUCAUGUUGCUACUUUAUAUCGACAAGAGAGUGUAUUCAAUUUAAUAGAUAAUAUAGGUAGCAUGAAGGAAAAUUUUACAACCUAUAUCACCUUUAAAGGUGAUAACAUGCUGCACUUUGCUGGAAAAUUGGGUGCUAAUUCAGAUCGAUUAAAUACCACAUCAACAUCAGCUCUUCAAAUGCAACAGGAAUUGUUGUGGUUUAAGAAAAUAGCAAAGAUUGUGCCGCCUUCAUAUGUUUACAUGAAGAAUUCCGAGCAUGAAACACCUAACGAUAUAUUUAUAAGGGAACAUAAAGUGUUGUAUGAAAAAGGUGAAAAGUGGAUGAAGCAAACAGCAAACUACUGCAUGGUUGUGGCAACAUUGAUUGCUACUGUGGUUUUCACUGCAGCCUUCACUGUACCCGGUGGCAACCAUCAAAUAACAGGGAAACCUCUUCUUUUGAAUAGUAUUUCGUUUAAGGUAUUCUUCAUAUCAAAUGGCAUAGCAUUGGUCUUCUCUUCAACUUCGAUCUUAAUAUUCUUGUCAAUUCUCACGUCACGUUACGGAGAGAAGGAUUUUUUCAAGUCAAUACCUCUAAGGUUACUGUUUGGACUUGCUGCACUCUUCAUCGCUAUAGCAGGCAUGGUAAUAGCCUUCAGUGCAACCUUCUUUUUGGUAUAUUACAGUGAAGCAAAAUGGGCUCCGAUUCUUAUUACUUCUUUGGCUUCUAUCCCAAUAAUUCUUUUUGUUUUAGCACAUUUUCGACUUUAUGUUGAUACAAUUCACUCAACAUACUGGUCUAGAUUUCUUUUCCGGUCACACAAACGUAAAAUUUUCUAG